GGAACGAAAACCCGUAAACGUCAUUGUCUUCCAAUUUUGUUGGUUCUUAAAGAAUUGUCAUUUGUCACCUAACUGCAGACUCAUCCAUCAAUCACAGCCCCGUUUCUAAUAUCUCGUCAUCAUAUGGUAUUUUCUUUUUUUCGUCUCUGUAUUUUAGUAUAUAAUUAAUCCCAUCGAUUUACGCCUCCUUUCAUUAAUUCAUUCCCUCCCUCAAACACAUCGUCUUCACAUUGCAUUUAAAAAAAAAAACAAAAACAUUUCCUACCAGCCGAAAGCGGAGAAAGUAAUACAAAGCCAAGCCAAAACCCUACAGCUGUAACAGCUUUGGAAGUUCAACCAACAAACACACACACACUAGAUAGAUAGAGAUAAUAAUGGCUAUGGGGAAUAAGAGACCAAGUCAACCACAAUCCAGCUCGUCGAUAUCUCCAUUAUCCAAGCCCAAGAAGAACAAGUCCAAUCUCAUCUCCAAAAAGAAGACCAAGAAGAAGGAAGAGAACCUCCGCGCCAAGGCCGCUCUCCACCUUCAACAACAGCAGGAACUAAACCGUGACGGCGAUCAUCGUCCUAUCCUGCGGCCGAAAGUGUACAUCACCGAUAUCUCCAACUUCAAGACCCUUGUCCAGGAGCUCACCGGCAACGGAGCAGUUGAUCCGGUGGCCCCGCAGUGGGAGUCCUCUCCAUCAUCGGAGAUAUUCGAAUCCGAGAGUGAGAGCGUGGAUGCGUCGUCGUCAUCGGUUGAUUCGAGCGUGACGGCGUCCUUUAACCAGGAAGAGAUGAACAAUUUCCAGCCCUAUGGUUACUACGACGACCAGAUGGGGUUGUAUAGUUUGGAGGAGACCAGAUCGAACGAUAUGCUGGCGUGUCAGGCUGAUCUGGAGGCUUUGUUGGAAGAUAUGGAUCAGGAGUUCCCUCUGGUGUUUGAGACCAAUUAUUCUUCGGAAUCUCGUCAUCAGAUUCAUUAUCAGCAGUAUUAUCGUGAGGAGGAGCAGGAAGCUGAUCUCAGCAUUUACGACUAUGAUUUUUCCGGGGUCGUAUGCGACUGCAUGUGAAGUAUAGAUUGAACAUAUAUAAAAGCUGCUCGAUCGAUCUCGAUUGAUCGUAGCGUACGGUACGGUAUGGUAGGAUGGAUGUAUAUACAUCUACUACAGUACACAUAGGUUUUGGUUACUCUACUUUCUGUUCAUAGUAUACUGUUUUCUGGGUGUGAAGAAUGUAUCCACGCGCGUAUACAUGUGUAUGGCUUCCGGUGCACAAUUUUCCUGUGUAUAUCGUUUUUGUUCUGUGGUCGGAAGCCAUGCCACGUCUGUGCAGUAUGUGAAUGUUCUGUUCUGUGUGUUCAAUAUGUUUGCAGAAGCACGCUGCUUCCAGGCAUCUAAGUAUACAAUUAACGUUUGGCUGAACA